UCUGUGUGCGUAUCUUAGCGCAGUCAGUCGUGUUUUUUUUUUAAUUUAUUCUUUUUUCCCGUCAUUCUAAUAAUCCUUUCAGAGUUGACUUUUUUAAUAACAUAGCUUAUUAGUUAUCAUCUGGAUUACGAUUUUUUGUUUUCUAGUUUUUUUUUUGUAGUAAUACACUUGUCCAGUUGAUUUUCACCACCAAUGGUGGAUGUCUGACGCAAACCCUUAAGAGUGUAAGAUCACCGUCGCUGUUAUAACCGGAAGAAGCCAUGUACCCUGUCAGACAACUCCCUGUGCCACCUGUUGAUGCCCCAGUUGUGCCACCUGGAGCAAUGGGCGUUCUUCAACCUCAGGUUCCUGGAUUGCAACUACAACUAAUGGAUGUACCAAUAUUCAACCAUCCUUACCGGCCAAACAUAGGACGAGAAGGCCGAUCAAUUGUGCUUCAUGCUAAUCAGUUUAAAGUAUCAAUGCGACGUGAUUAUUUAUAUCAUUAUGCCAUCAAUAUUCAUCCAGAUAAAUGUCCUCGAAGAGUCAAUCGUGAAAUUAUUGAAAUUAUGGUUCGUGUGUACAGUAAACUUUUUGGUAAUCUUCGUCCUGUAUUUGAUGGUCGCAAAAACUUAUAUACAAGAGAUGCAUUGCCUAUUGGAAAAGAUCAAAUCGAAUUAGAAGUUACUUUGCCCUGUGAUAGUAAAGAUAAAGUAUUCCAUGUUAAUAUCAAAUGGUUAGCUCAAGUAUCAUUACUAGCUUUGGGUGAAUCAUUAGAAGGUCACACAAAACAAAUACCAUAUGAUGCUGUUUCGGCUUUGGAUGUAGUCAUGCGACAUCUUCCAUCAAUGACUUUCACACCAGUAGGUCGGUCAUUUUAUUCUCCACCUGAAGGAUAUUAUCAUCCAUUAGGCGGUGGUCGAGAAGUUUGGUUUGGUUUUCACCAGUCACUCCGGCCAUCUAAAUGGAAAAUGAUGCUUAAUUUAGAUGUGUCAGCAACAGCUUUUUACAAAUCACAACAAGUUAUAGAACUCAUGUGUGAUUUGUUGGAUAUUAGAAAUAUUAACGAACGUCGGAAACCAUUAUUAGAUUCAGAAAGAGUUAAAUUUACAAAAGAAAUAAAAGGUCUUAAAGUAGAGAUUACACAUUGUGGAGAAAUGAGGAGGAGAUAUAGAGUUUGUAACGUAACUAGAAAAUCAGCUCAAAUGCAGUCUUUUCCAUUGCAAUUGGAAGAUGGUCUCACAGUAGAAUGCACAGUGGCUAAAUAUUUCUUAGAAAAAUACAAGAUAAAACUACGUUAUUCACAUUUACCAUGUCUUCAAGUUGGAGAUGAACAUAAACAUACAUAUCUUCCGUUGGAGGUCUGUAACAUAGUUUCGGGUCAACGAUGUACUAAAAAAUUAACCGAAUUGCAAACAUCAACCAUGAUUAAGGCAACGGCAAAAAAUGCUCCUGAUCGUGAACAAGAUAUUAAUUCCUUAAUUCAUAGAGCUAAUUUUGUAAAUGAUCCAUAUGUACAAGAAUUUGGUCUUAGCAUAUCAGACACCAUGAUGGAAGUGCGUGGUCGUGUUUUACCACCACCAAAAUUACAAUAUGGCGGACAAACUAUAGUUAAACAGGGAGGAUUAAAUGGACAACAAACCAAACAAGCCACGCCAAAUCAAGGAGUUUGGGAUAUGCGAGGCAAACAGUUCUUUACAGGCGUCGAAAUUCGUAAUUGGGCAAUAGCUAGUUUUACACCACAGAGAACCGUGCGCGAAGAGUCGUUAAAAUAUUUUACAAUUCAGCUACAAAAGAUAAGCAGAGAUGCUGGCAUGCCAAUAGUUGCUCAACCAUGUUUUUGUAAAUACGCCGUAGGGACUGACCAAGUAGAACCUAUGUUUCGUUAUUUAAAAUCAACAUUCACUAGUUUACAACUUAUAAUUGUUGUUUUACCAGGGAAAACUCCAGUAUAUGCUGAAGUCAAAAGAGUUGGAGACACUAUUCUAGGAUUGGCUACACAAUGUGUUCAAGCAAAAAAUGUAAACAAACCAUCACCUCAAACAUUGUCCAAUUUAUGUUUAAAGAUUAAUGUGAAAUUGGGUGGUAUCAAUAACAUUCUUGUACCAAGCAUCAGACCCAAAGUAUUCAAUGAGCCAGUGAUAUUUUUGGGUGCAAAUGUAAUUCACCAACCAUGUGAAAGUAAAAAACCAUCCAUUGCAGCAGUAGUAGGAUCCAUGGAUGGACAUCCCAGUCGUUAUGCUGCUACUGUAAGACUCCAACUAUGUAGACAAGAAAUCAUUCAAGAACUUAGUUCUAUGGUCAAGGAACUCCUGUUUAUGUUUUAUAAGAGUACUGGAGGUUUUAAACCUCAUAGAAUUAUAUUAUACCGUGACGGAGUAUCAGAAGGACAGCUGUUUCACGUCUUUCAAAAUGAACUUACAAGUAUUCGAGAGGCAUGUAUAAUGUUAGAAGGUGAUUACAAACCAGGAAUUACUUUUAUUACAGUUCAAAAACGUCAUCAUACCAGAUUGUUCAGUGCUGAUAAAAGGGAACAAAUGGGAAAAUCUGGAAAUGUUCCAGCUGGUACAACAGUUGAUUUAGGAAUAACACAUCCUACAGAAUUUGAUUUUUUCUUAUGUAGUCAUCAAGGAAUUCAGGGAACAAGUCGGCCAAGUCAUUAUCAUGUUCUAUGGGAUGACAACAAUUUUGAGUCCGAUGAAUUGCAGUGCUUAACAUACCAACUGUGUCACACUUAUGCCAGAUGCACUCGUUCAGUAUCUAUACCUGCACCGGUCUAUUAUGCUCACUUAGUUGCAUAUAGGGCUAGAUUUCACAUAGUUGACAAAGAACAUGACAGUGGUGAAGGAUCACAAACAUCUAGUAGCAGUGACAAUGGAAUACCAGCUUCAAUGUUGCAAACUAUCAAAGUGCAUGCCAAUGCAAAUAAAGUUAUGUACUUUGCUUAAAAUACCAAAAUUGAGCAUCGUGCAACACAGAAUUUAAUAUUAGGUAUAUAUUAUAAUACGACAACUUUGCAAAAUACUUACAAAAUUCUAUUGUGAUUAAUAAUAGCAAUUUUAUUUUAUUUUUUUUAUUUUACACAUUCAUAUUGUACCUAAAGUAUAUUAUUUUGUCUUAUUAAAAUACAAAAACUUUUUCUUUUGUGAUUAAG